CUUUGCGCGCGUCGCCACAUGACAUGGUUUUCCUUCGCCAGUCUAUGCUUAUUUUCCAUCUUAUUUACUUUUCCCAUGUUGUGGACGAACAAACAUUUCGGAAGGCUACGGAAAGGGGAGAGUGUGAGUUUAAUGACAAUAAGCUUUAAGAUAUACAACAUACACUAAAGAAGAACAACAAGAGGCUGUUAUCAUCCGAUCUCGUGGUCAUGAAUGUAACGUUACAAAUUGAUAGUCCGAAGAUCACAAGACCUGCGAGGUUUUGAAGCGGUUUAAACGAGGAACUAUUCUGCGUGAGCCAUAUAUUGACAUCCUUAAAAGUGUACGUUACGUGACUGAUGUGAGCUAAUAACUAUGGCCUCUCCGCAUCUACCAGUUGAGGUGAGUUUACACAUUUGUCCUGUCGCAAUGUCCAAUAGAAUGCACGAUAACUAUAUUAUCACGAUACCGUUUAGGAAAUGCACAUCGUGAUCGUGAAAAAUGUUAAAAGUGAACAAAACCGCUAGACGUAUCGCUGAAUUUGUUGACAAUAUUGUCAUUUUAGGUAAACGCGACAUCAGUUAUCAUUAUUAUUAUUAUCAUCACAAUGGCUGACAGUAAAUAUAUAUUUGGGGAACAUAACACCCAUCAAAAGCUCGUAGUGUUGAAUAUAAUCGUUAUAACAAGCUAGCAAACAAGAAUCCUUGUAAUGACGUCAUUCUGUAUCCCAUUGCCUUGAAGGUAAAGAGUACGACAGCAUGAUCAUGAAGGGUUUACACUGCUGAAAACCCCCCUAAAAAAUCGUACAGUUUAAGUAGUUGUAAUAGGAAUUGUGUUUAUUUUAUUUUUGUUUAUUUAACCGGGAUAAUGUAGAAUAACGUAAAACAAUUCAAACAGGUGAAGCUCAAUAUUAGGCUUUGGCAUUCGAAUGAAGCCUCACAAAACCAGUCUUAAGUAGCACGGGAAACUUUUUAGUUAAAGACAAAAAUACAUUGUAUGGGUCGAAAUUAUAGAUUUUAUUUUAUGCCAAAAAUCAUUAGGAUAUUAAGUAAAGAUCAUGUUCCAUGAAGAUAUCUAGUACAUUUCCUACCUUAAAUAUAUAAAAACUUUUUUUUGGUGAAUGGAUAGCCUGUCACGGUGCACCUGAUUUAAAACUUCAAAGGCCAAUUUCUCAAUAUUUUGAAUUAUUAUAUUAUCAAUUAUAACUAAUUAUUCACUCUCAGAUUUCUAUCUCAGCCAGAUAUUGUGUAUUCUAACAACUCAUACAUCAACAGAAAGCGUAUUUAUGCAGCUUUCAGAUUACGUAAAAUCUCAAUUUGGAAAAAUUGACACAUAAUACUGGUUUUGUUGUCCGGGGUCUCAAAUAACAGACUGCGUAAAACUAUCAUUUUAAAAUGCAAUAAAAAUCAAACAAGAAAAACAAAUAUCUGAAACAGAUCCAAUGUUUUUUUUCGAUUCCUAUUAAAAAUGUAUGAAACUUUGUUUGCAUUUUUGGCAGACUGUUCCAAAGUGAUAAUUACGCAUAUAUUAAGUUACCUACACAUUACAGACCGAAAAGAGGCAUCCCUGGUGUGUAGGAGUUGGUAUGAAGCAAGCCAAUACCGUCAGUUUCAGAAAAGCGUCACCUUCAAGUUCCCGGUUUCCACAUCUUCACUGGACUUCAUCCGUGCACUGAGUCGGCAUCCUCGCUGCGGUUUGGUCAUCAGUCAUCUUGAUGACUCCGCCCUCUCAAGGCAGGUUCUCGUGGAGGUGGGUGUUCACCUCGGCCCUCGCUUGCAGUGUUUGGCGCUACCUGGCAGCAGCAUCACAGAGUCCUCGCUGUUGGGCCUCCUACCACAUCUGACCAGCCUCCAAAAGCUGGAUCUUCAGAAGCUUGAUAGUCUGUUUAUGUCUGGAGCCUUACUGUCUAAAGAAGAGCAUCGUCGGCAGGUCCAACAUGCGCUAAGAAAGCUGCAGGAACUGGGCCUGUCAGAUCUCCGCUACCUCUCAGAUCUAUCUUUUAACCGUCUAACCAGCUGCACGCCCAGGUUACACAGACUGUCCCUGGCUGGAUGUCACAUCGCAUUCGAAUUUGAUCCGUAUCGAGGCUGUCCGGUUGGAUUGGGCUGCUCCGCCUUGGUGUCUCUACGUAACCUGUUGAGUCUUUUACAAAAGCAGGGCAGCUCGCUUCGCAGUUUGGACUUGAGUCGUACCAGCAUCACUCCCAAGUCUCUAUGCUCCAUAGCCCAAGUGCCAGGCCUCCGCCUGGAGGAGCUGAGCCUUCGUGGCUGUAAAGAGCUGACGGAUUAUUCUAUACAAAUGCUCUGCAAGUGGCAGAAUGGUCUGAAGAUGCUGGACCUCAGCUCGUGUACAGAGCUCACCAGCAGGACGGUGCUGGCGAUUGCGACUAAGCUGAAAGAACUGCGGUCGCUUUCCACGUCUCAGGACUGGAAGAUAACAGAUAAAGGCCUGGCGGAGCUGAUGGCGCUGCCUUACUUGAGGACGUUGGAUCUGUCCGAGUGUCUGCACGUCAGUGGAGCAGAUCUGGUGAAGGGACUGUCCGCUCCACAGCCCAGAGCUCAGCCGGAGUCUCUUAGCCUUAGAAAUUGCUCAUAUAUAAGGGAUUCAGUCAUGUACUCCCUCAGUGAGCUGUUAGGUUGUAAUCUGAAAGUGUUGGACCUCACGUCCUGCGUCUACCUCACCGACCUGAGCGUUCGAGCUAUUGCAACAUACCUGCCUGCACUGGUGGUGCUGCGACUCGGCUGCUGUAAGGAGAUCUCAGACUGGGGGCUGCUGGGAAUGGUGGAGCCCAACAAGGACUGCGAAUCAAAAGACAAAGAGGAGGACAAAGGCCCAAGCUUUACUAGGACGUUUGGAAACAUGGGAUUUUUCCAGCCUCCCAGCAUGCCCUUUCAGGAGAAGCCGCGUCUGGUUACAGAUGAGGAUCUGGGGGCCUUUAGGGAACAGGAAGGAGCAUCAUUGUUGGCCCUCAGGUGCCUUCAGGAACUGGAUCUGUCUGCCUGUUCUAAACUCACCGACACCAGCAUUACACAGGUACUCCGUUUCCCAGACCUGCAGCGUCUCUCGCUUUCUAUGCUGCCUGAGAUCAGUGAUGAAAGCUUGGUGUCUGUAGCCCAUCACUGCCGAAGUCUUACCAGUUUGUCCCUCAACCACUGUCCUCAGAUCAGUGACCACGGCAUGACACGGGCCCUUCCACAUCUGAAAAGACUACAGCAUCUGUACCUGGCCGGCUGCGAUGCCAUAACAAACAAAACUCUGUCCAUAAUCGCCCAGCACUGUGAUCGACUGAAAACCCUCGAUGUCUCCAUGUGUAAGGACAUAACAGUGCAGCAGGUGGACUAUCUUCAGUCCCACCUACCCUUUCUGGAGAAAGUCCAGUGUCGCUUUGUCAACGGGGCAGAUUUCACCAUGGUAUUAUGAUCGUAUGUGUAAUGCACUGAAAGCUAUUAAAUUAAAAUGAAUAAUAAUAAUAUUAAUAUAUAAAUUAUAGCACAUUGACCUCAGGUAUACAAGAGUAACCGAUUCCAAAACACUCUUUUGCAUAGUAUGCACGCAACUGAACAACUUUUCAGUACUGUAUUAUAUUAUCACUGCUUCUGAACAGAACUGUUGUUUUUCUGAUCAUACUAUUAAUAAAAUAUAAAUAUCUACUAUUGACUAGUUAAAUUAUUACUGAUGUACAGUAACAAAGUGUGUAUGCCAGUGUAGUUAUAUACUGUAAAUACAUUUAGUACAUUUGUAUAAUAAAUGCUAUUUGUUUAGACUUA